AUGAAGGUUGCCCUGAGAGAUUCAGCUCAACCUGCUCAGCGACCGGAGCUUGUGCUGUUGGCCAAAACCUCACUAUUCCUGGGCGCCCAUCAAGCCAGCAAGAACUCCAUAACUGCUUGCCGCCGUGGGAAACAGCCAAUGGAGGAGGCUACCCCGGAUGACUCAGUUCAACUUGUUCUGCAAUCAGAGCCAGUACCCUCCACUUCAUCAUCCUUCCUCGUCCCCGGCGCCUGUCAAGCCACCAAAUCCGCCAUUAUCAAUGAUUGCCGUGGCACACAGCAACAGAAAGACUCAGCCCAAUCCAAUCUGCGACCAGAACUUGUACCCCCAGCUAGAUCUCCACAAGCCCCGGGCACCUCCGAAAAGCACCAACAGAUAAACAAGUUUCCUCUUAGUGACAGCCACACAAAACGUUGUGCCAUGUCCGCGGGUCCUUUGAGUCAACCAACUCAUGGGAACGCCUUUUUGAGCUCAGAAGAUGCAAACGGACUCGCCCAGCCACCAGGCAGAAGCCAACACUCACCAUCUCCUGGAUCAGUUCAAGAACACCAACAUCAGACGGGCGACACUGGCCACGAGCUUGAAGACCGCAUUGACAGCCCUCAAUUUGUUGAAGAACCUGAAGACCACACCAACAGUACAGAGAAAAGCCGCCCACAAAAUUUCCAGAUUGACAGUCCAAUCCAAUUGCGACCAGAAAGCCGCAAGUCAGAAACCGAGGCAGACCCGCUGACAGCUUCGCCCAACAACAUGGGUAGAGAACAUCGCAGUUUUGUGCCCCCACACCGUCGAAGAUUCAACUCAAGACAAAUUAUCAUCUCCAAAUCUGACAAAGAGGAAGAAGCUUGUCCCAAUGGACAAGAAAACCACUCCGUUGUCCCACUUGAAGCCCCUCCACCCAACAACCCCAAUUCUAACAUCCCCACAAGCUCCAAUGUAACUUUCCCCACAGCAUCACACAUUGCAGAUUGCCGAGAUGUCAUACCUUUGGGAGGCAAAAAUCCCAACAUUGCAUUUACAUCACUUACUGCAAGAGAUGAAAUUGUAGUCACCGUCAAAAAUGACAGGCAAAAAUGGGCAAAAGACCCAUUGAAAUUGAAAGUCAAACAGCUGAAAGAGGUGCUCAACAAGUUUAAAGUUAAAUACAAAUCUAACGAGCUCAAGCCUGCUCUGAUAAAUAGGAAUAAAGUUCUAGAAAGCAAACAGUGUGCAAUUGAGGCAUAUCAACCCCCAAUCCCGACUAGCUCUCAACCACCAAUAUCUCUAGCAUGUCAACCACCGCCAGUAAUAUCCACAGGUCCCACUUGCAAUGUCUAUCUUGUCGAUGGACAUCCAUUAGAUCAAUUGAAACGUUUGGAUAAAGCGGAUGUCGAGAUGGGUGACCACUUGUUCAACAACUCUGAGUCCACGGAAUCGGCAGGAAUCUUGCUAUUGUGUCAACCCACGCUCAAAUCUGUCUCACAAGAAACCCCACAUCCUAUUGCCCGGUGGCAGCCUGGGUUUCAGGCGUAUUUGGAUUUUGCGUUAGACUCAAAAGAACUUGUCAAAUCCACACUUCAAGCCGUGGGCGUCAUAGCCAAAGGGGUCACUGUGAUCAAGGAAACAGUUCGAUUGAGUCCUGGGAUUUUUUCAAACACACAAAGCGGGGCCUUGACUUCUCAAAGAUCUCCACAUGACCGUGCAGCGGAUGACUUGUAUGAUCUAGAAUCUCCAACUGCUAAGCUUCAUUACAUACCCGGCGCGGGACCUGUCGCGGAUGAAGUGAGGAGGCAUGUCAUAAGAUUGUUUGGACGCGCAGCAUCAAAUGGCGAUUAUCCUCCACCUGCCAGUGAUGAGGACCGUAGGAGCUGGGUCCAACCAAUUGAAGAUCCCGGCAAUGAAGAUUUCGAUGACUCAGAUUCUGACAAAGAUCCCUUGCACAUGGACGAAGACUUUGAUCCGUGUUUUCCCUAUCCAGACGGCCCUGGCCACCCACGAGCCACGCCAGAGUCACUCAAAAUCAUUUGGCGCAUGGUGCGCCGUGCGGGCGUUUGGUCGUUUAGGCCAGAUCUUGGCAAAUCUGUCAACUCCGUGUCCAAUUGUUUCCUUUGGGAGCUUGCCGCUCGCACAUUCAUGAGACGGGUCGAUAGCGGCAGAUUUAACCUUGUUACGCGGGAUAUCUGCGAUCUUCAGAUGGUUCAGCAGAUUAUCAAUAGAUUUGUGUUAGGUCAAAUCAUGAGAGUAUAUUACGACAAUAAUAAAUUUGAAGAAGCCGAGUUGAAGCGGCAUGCUCGCGCCCGUCAAGCCGUCACACUCCGUAAAAAGCUCAUUGAAUGGCAAAUAGCUGAGAUUCAGGCAAACCCAGAGCUGGCAGGACUAAUCCGUAUUGUACAAGGCUGUACCAGCAACAACAAGUCAGAUGAAGAAGCUGUUGAAGAUUUGGAAGUAGAAGACGAUUUAGGACCAGCCAGACGCCCCAAGCGCUGUGUGGCACUCCAUGAGUUGGUUUUCAGCUACGCUCAAGCCGCCAAUGAAGAUUACACACCAGAUCGUGAUGGUACUCCCGUUGUCUACGACUUGCCGCAAGAUAAUUUGGCCGAUCUCGCAAGUGUAACCCUACCCGCUCAGGAAUCUCAGCUUGCCCAAUCACCCGCCAAACCACUCGAUUUGAUGGCUAAGUACCGCAAGGGCAAAGGCUCCAAAGGAGUCUUGGCAAAGGAGUUGCAAGAGUCGGCCGCUGCUGCUUCAAGGCUGGGCCAACAACUUCCCACUGAACAACCAGCUGAAGAAGAGCAAGCUGACCUACGGGAUGCGCUCCUUGACAACACGGCCGAGCUUGGCGAUGGCAACUUUGUACCUGACAUUUCAAGUGCAGAAUGGGGCGGCAAAUGGGUGGCUGAAGAAGGACUCAGGAGUUUAGGCCAGUCACCUGUGAAGAAACCAUGA